GUCGACAAAACACUGAGUCGUAUCCAAUCUAUCAUUGUCGGUCGUGGUUGGUAAAAAAUGGUCAAUAUUCUGGUAGUGAUUACGGUAUUUACCGCUGUCUUUCGACGUACUCGCGCAAAUGACCUUGAAGACAAGUUGAUCACGUUCACGGUGUAUCAUUCUUUCGGCUCCGGUUCCGACAACAGCUACGUUAGCAGAGCUGUUCUUUCUGUCCCCUUGGCCAGGCCAUCGGAAAGUACAUUUAACCAAUUGCCACUUUCGGCGUCUGAUGCAGCCAAGCUAAGGAAGCUUUCAGAGGAAAACGGCCUGUACAGGGUGCGAGUAACAAGCGAACAAAAUGACUCCCCUUUUGUUGCUUCGUCAUUUGCAAAAGCUUGUUCCCUCUACGAGUCUGAGCUGAAGGACCACUUCAUGGUGACGUUGGACCGCUCUGGUGCCCUGCUUGGGGUGUCAGACUUUGCUGGCCAUCAGUGCACAGGCGCGCAUGUUCCAGACCACAAGCUCGUGAAUUUCAACACUACUCUCUCUGUAUCCAUAGUCAACAUUGCUCCUGGACCAGACACGCAAACCUAUAUUCGACGCAUGGAGCAGGAAAAGGCAGAAAGGGCACGUGGUGAAAAUGCUGACAACCGUUCCUUUUUCGCCAAAUAUUGGAUGUACAUCAUGCCACUCCUCAUCUUCCUGCUCAUCUCAGGUGCUUCAAAUCCAGAAGGCCAGGGAGGUGGUAAUGCCGGUCGUUGAGGAAAUUCAGAUAAAUGAGAUGACCACCCUUUCUCCCCAUUUGUAAUAUAUGUUCACUUUACAAGCACAUCACUUUACGAUAGUUUUCUGUGCACUAGUAGUAACUGAAGGCAAGUAUGUGUGUGUGUGUGUACAAUUGUUGUUAAUAAAGGUUUGGACUACAAC